AUGUCAUACUCCAGUGAAUUCAUCCAAGAUGCCGCAACGACUGAUAUUGUUAAACAUUUUCCUGAAGCAUAUCAGAGCGAACGACCGCAGAGAUUAUAUUACAAAGAUGGCGAAAUGUUUGUCAAAGACGAUUUUAUAAAACAGCAUCCAAUACCAAAGUCUUGUUUCUAUCAGAAAAACAAGGGAGAAAUAUUAUUAGAAUCAAGUGAAGAUGACUCCUAUUUGAUUUUUGAUUGUUAUUGCGAAGAAGAAGGAAAUGAUGAACACAUACAUCAUCUUAGAGCCUUCAAGCUUCAUUAUCAUUUUUCUGACAAUUCUUUCUCGUUACAGGAACCAAAAGUGGAAAAUAGUGGUUUCUUCCAAGGAAGAAUAUUUUGGCAUCAGAAAAUUCCAUUGAAGAACUGUAUUGGUGGUCCUUAUACAACAUGGAAAGAUUUGAACAUCAGUCAAGACAUCGACUUAUUUGGGAAAAUUUAUAGAAUUACAAAUUGUGACAGCUUUACUAAGAACUUUUUGCUGGAGAACGGUAUAAAAGUGAAUGAUCCUGAAAAAAUUCCCGAAGAUCCUUGGUUAGUACGAAGAAGAACAAAAGACUCAUCGUCUCUUAAGCUCGACAAUGGAAUGACAGAUUUCAUUCCGUGUCCGAAAGUGAUGGCAUUUCGUUGCUGCUGGUUAGACACUUCAACAGAUUUUAACUCGGUUCGGUUGAAAAGAAUCUUCAGACUCACGCUCUUCACUAUGGAUAACACAAUUUCACUGACAGAAGAGACGAAGGAGUUCGAAGGACAGCUGUUUCUGAGAAGAAUGCAAUUGCCGAUACCACCCACUGGUACUCAGAGGAAAACGUUUUAUAGAAAUCAUGACUUUCGUCCAGGAGUUUGGAUCGAAGUUUUCAGCCGUCCCAUGUUUAUAUUUGAAUGCGUAGGCUAUGAGACAAGAAACUUCAUGAAGCAGCAACAUGGCGAAACUGAGUUUGGGAGUUCAUCAAAUGAAAUUCUUCUUGCUGGACCACCUCCAAAUCCAAUUUACAAAGAGAUCCAAACUUUACAAUUUUUGGCAAAAAUGGUUGAUCCGCCUCCAAAAUUCAUCCAGACUGUUUUUAUUUUGACUUUCGACAUAAACAAGAGAAUUGUUAAUAUUGAUGAAUCCGGAAAAACAUACAAAUGGAGUAAAGGAAGAUCUUUUUUAUUCAAUAUUGAUGCUUCGAGUUACAAUGAAAAUCAGUUUUCGAUCGGUGAGACUGUCCAGUUCUUCCGUUGGCAUUUUCUGUUGAUGGAAGGAAACAAAGAAACAGAAGAGUACUUGAAAUGGAAAACUUCUACAAGUUAG